AUGCCUACUGAUGAUCCGUUUGCUUUUCUGCCUACAGGGCAGCCCAAGCCUGUGAAGAAGACUACCCUGUGGCGAGAGAAACUGUUUUCCAAAGAUAAGAACAAAGGUGCUGUGCCCGACAAACAAAUCGAAGACUUCCUCGCCUCCAACCGACCCCGGGCGGAAUCCCCUAUCACCACCAAGGCAGAUCCCAGUCACCCCCCACCUACUGUAUCCACCCAUCGAAUUCCCUCCUCACACGAUGUAUCGAACGCGCCACCACAACCCCAACCCCAACCCCAACCCCAAUCUCAGCGCCAACAUACCGCAACCGAAAACUAUGUUGCCUUCAGUCCCACCGAAGAAGUUCACCCCCCGCAAAUUGCACAACUCUCUCGGUCCAAGACCCAACGCCAACAGGAACCCCCGCAACCUUCACAACUAUCCCGGACAAAGACUGGAAGGACUCGAAAGAACAAGGGACUUCAUGUGGGAUUCUCAGACCGAACCCCGGAGGUAAUUGGGGAGGGAGGAGAUGAAUCGGAAGCACCUACCAUCGAGAUCUCCUGGUCUCGACAACGAACCCGCGACCGGCAGCCAACCCAAGUCAGGCGCGCACCGUCGCGCUCCCCGAACCCCUCCAGAGAAUUGCCGAAUCUACGAGUCGACACGUCGUUGGGGGAUGGGGAUAUUUCAGGCCUACCGCAAGACCUGCAGAGUGGCACAUCGCCGAGCCGAAAGCCGCUGGUCGAGAGCUCUAGCGAUGCGGACCUCUUGAGCACUCUUCAUAUAACCCAACCUGGCUCCCGUCUGUCAUUCCGGUCGACGGACUCGCAUUCGUUUGCCGAGCGGGUCCGGAAUCAGAUGCAGGUAGAGGAAGCGCGAGCUUUGCACAAUCGAUACGAUGAUGGCUCAUCCCCGGUGGAUGACGAUGAGGAGUACGAGGAUGAUGAUUCGUCAAGUCCAAUUCAACCCUCUCACAGCCCCCAAAGUCGCAGCCCUCAUAGCACACACGAAUCCGAAUCGGUUUACGAGACCCCAAUCUCGCACACAUCCAACGCGCCCUCACUCAAAUCCAUCGUCCAUUCCAUUCGACACCCCCCAAGCCCGGUAGUCACUCGCACUGCCACCAAUCUCAGCCCUGUCGACCCGCGAUUACCAGCUCAGCUGACACCUGGAAGUACAGGGAAGGUUUCGCCCACUCCACCCAAGUUUCCUUCCCAACCCUCUCAAACUCCUUCUCCACAACCCCCUCAGGCACAUUCACAGCCUCUUGCUAGAGAACCUUCCACAAGGAAACGACUGGAUUCCAACGAGGCAAGUCGCGAACCCUCGCGAAGUUCCCAACCACCCAAAUUCUCGCUACGGAAUGUGGCUGCUCAAGUCGGCGACACUGCAUUUGCAGAAUUCAAACAGUACAUUGCCCGAUAUGACAGUCUCCUCAGACUCGCCGCAGAGAGCGUGAAACCGCUAAUGGAAACAUCCCUGGUGGAAUGGAUCCGGGCUGCGCUUUGGUGGUUUUUGAGAGGAAAGACACGGCUGGAGACCUUUGCGCGGACUCGCGCCAACUGCCCCCCUAGCUACGCUAAACAAGCCGUUGUAGACCUUGCUAAAUCCUUCUGGAUCAACACAAAUAUCGUGCCAGAUCAUCCCGAACUUUCCCGGUAUGGUCAGCAGAUGGGAAUCGAUGCUCUUUUGGCAGUUGCAAACACAACGGGGGAUAAGGAUAUGGUAGAUCUCCUCAGUCUACACCAAGUCACGCUCAACCAUUUGCGGUCGCUUUCUAUGUCGAUUAAGCGUAAUAAUAUCCUUGCGCUUAUCGAAGAAGACGAUGCGUCUCCUAGCCACCUGGACACCAGCGUUUGGUUGCGCUAUCCUUUCUUUGCUCCAGAUGUAUCAGCUGUGCUAUCAGGAUCGGCAAAGAGAUCCAUGUUGGCUGACAAACCAGGGAAGACGCCGAGUAUGGUGUACAUGAUGCCCUUGGGAGAUACAUCUCGUUACUUCAGCUAUGGUAGCAUGUUCGUACAGGCUUCUGUUAGCUCCAGCGAGGAUGAUACUCAGCAAUAUGCUAUGCCAUGCUGCCUUGCCAUCAUCCGAGAACGGGCAGAUUGGUACGUAUUUGCGGCGAUCACGAGUCAAAGCCAGCUUGUCAAUGUGAUGAUUCAAUCCGAUCGCAAACAAGGACCUACUUGGGAAGACGUGGAAUGGCAAGUCCGUACCCAUUCCAUGCGAGUCAAGCUUCCCCGCGGAUUUGAACUGGAUGUAAUGUUCAAAGAAGAUGACUUCAAAGCCCUUUGGAAUAUCGUCAAAUACACCCAGAAGUCUGAAGCGAGUCUUGCUCCGGAGGCAGACGAAUCCGUUGUGUAUGAGAAUACUGUGAAAGUUUUCCAAUAUAUGGAUCCUGGUACCCCGAAGGCUUUCCCACCCGAGCCUUUGGAACGGUGCCGGAUACGCCUCUUCGAGCGGACGGUCACAAUAAAAGAAGGCACUGGCUCGCGAAGUGCGCACCGUGGAUUCCGAUUGACCGUUUUGACAAGCCCCAAGGUGAAGACACUCAGCAACGUGAAACAUAUCCUAGCCCAUGGAACGCCUAUAGUAUUUGGUCUCUUGAGGGGAGAAGAUGGGGCUCCUGCACUCCUUCUCAAGGUCACCGAAGAUGGUCGUACAAGAUCGAUGCUUUUGACUUUCCACGAGGUUGAAGAACGCACCAAGAUGCAUGCUAUAUUGUUGGGCAUGAUCCCGCGCGAGUUGGAGUCUAAGGGUCGUGAAAUUCCUCUCCAGGCAUAUGCUAUCGAGCAGCCAGCAGACCAAGCAAGCGGCCGGUCUGCUGUCACUCACUUACAGUUUCCGGCUGGCAGUGUCUUUGUUAUCGAUCAAAAACAUUCGUAUGUCGACCAUGGUUAUGGCCCAACUAUUCUGUCGGAAAAUCUGCGAGCGUUUGUCGCGACGGAAUGGGGAUCUGUAACAGAUCGCAUCAACUUAGGGCCCGGAGAACUCAAGAUUGGGCUAGAUGUCAAUCGAAAGACUGGGAUGAGCUUGUUCCGACCAGCACAGCAGGAUCUGACAGUUUCACUGGCGGACAAUCUUAUUAAGCCAGAGCUGGCAGGGCAAGUGGCUGGCUUCCUUGAGAAAGUUACUACCAACCCAAUGGCCCGUCGCUUAGAAUUUGCUUCUAUGAAUGGUAUGUGA